GUUAAGGAGGGAGGACGGUGUCGCCGGGCGUCGUCUCCUGGGUGCCUUCUCUUGACAUUGUCCUCGUGGUCCUGGCCGAGGGAUGGCCCCGGCACAGACGGCGGGCGAGGUGAAAUGAGGCGCCCGGGGGAAAGAAGCCCCCUCGGUUGCCGGAGCGGAGGCGGAGGCGGCGGCGGGACUGGCUGAGCCGAGCCGAGCUGGCGGCGCCCCCGGCCCGGCGCUUCGUGCAAGGCACAACCUGUGUGACCUCACUGUAGGAUUAGCACAAUGACGGCCAUCUUAGAACGGAUCAGCACUUUGUCUAUUAGUGGACAACAACUCCGUCGCCUCCCUAAGCUCUUAGAAGAAGGCUUCCCCAAGAUGCCUUGCACAGUCAACGAAUCUGAUGUGCCACAGCUGUUCCGUGAACCCUAUAUCCAAGCUGGGUAUCGCCCGACAGGUCAGGAUUGGCGCUACUAUUUCUUCAGCCUCUUCCAGAAACACAAUGAAGUAGUUAAUGUCUGGACCCACCUAUUGGCAGCCCUUGCAGUGCUACUAAGGUUUCAUGCUUUUGCUGAAUCAGAGUUGUUGUCUUGGGACGUCCACUCUUUGCCUCUCCUCAUCUUUGUCCUGUCCUCUGUAACAUACCUAACAUGCAGCCUCUUGGCUCACCUCCUCCAGUCCAAGUCAGAGAUGUCGCACUACACUUUCUACUUUGUGGAUUACGUUGGUGUCAGCGUAUACCAGUAUGGAAGUGCCCUGGCCCAUUUCUACUACAGUUCUGACGAAGCCUGGUAUGACAAGUUCUGGAUUUUCUUCCUGCCAGCAGCUGCUUUUUGCGGGUGGCUUUCCUGUGCUGGCUGUUGCUAUGCCAAGUACCAUUACCGGCGUCCUUACCCCAUAAUGAGGAAAGUGUGUCAGGUGAUCCCAGCAGCACUGGCAUUUGUCUUGGACAUCAGUCCUGUGGCACACCGUGUGAUCCUGUGCCAUCUUGAAGGCUGUAAGGAGACCGCAGCAUGGUACCAUACCUUCCAGAUACUUUUCUUCUUGGUCAGUGCUUAUUUCUUCUCCUGCCCAGUUCCUGAGAAAUAUUUCCCAGGCUCCUGUGAUAUUGUGGGUCAUGCUCACCAAAUUUUCCACACAUUCCUUGCCAUCUGCACAUUGUCUCAGUUGGAGGCCAUCUUCUUGGAUUACAAGAACAGGCAAGAUAUUUUCCUCAGACGACAUGGAUCCCUUUCCAUCAUCCUGUCCUGUGCCUCCUUUUUUGGCUUAGUGGCUUGCAGUGCUCUCACGGCACACCUCUUGCAGCGCAAGAUCAAGGUGGAGCUAGUUGUAAAGGAAUCCUGAGAGAUUGCAUUGGGCGACACAUUCAGUCCUGGCCUUCUUGAAGAAAACUAGCAGAGAAGAACUGUGUUUAACUACUGUGUGUAUAUAAAUAAAUUAACAAAGCAGUUUGUCUUUAUAACUUAUAACCAAGGAAUUGAUUGCAGGCUGGAACUACUUUUUUUUAAAAAAAGCUGCCUUAAUAUUCUAAACAUUUUUUUACUAAGUGCACCUGUUGCUGGGCAAAGGGCAUUUAGGAUCUCUAACAGGGCUCGUCCAGAUGCAGCAGCAUUUGUUCCCCUAUUUGUAUCCUGUUGUGUACUGACAAUAUCAGUAUUUUUCCUGCCAAUCCGAAAAGGCAAAACAGAAAUUGGUACUAACAGUGACAGUGAAUGGCAAAACAUCUUCGUUUUCAAUCACAUCCUGUGUUUUUAAAAACCAUCUACUGUUGGUUGGUUGCACUCACUUUGUAAUGAGGGCAAAAUUCAGAUUGCAAGUGUUUCCUGAGUCGGAUUUUUCAGUUUAGUACUGAUCUACUAAAACAACAAACAAAAAUCUGGCAGAUAAAGGUAAUUUUUAAAGGUUUUGCACAGCAAUUUUCUAAAACAAGUUGUGAAAUACAGGUGGUUCCAAAAUGGAAUAGUAGUGGAAUGAGUCUCUUUAGUGGAAGACUUGGAUCAGAAGCUGUCAGUUACUGCUUAUCUGCCAAACUGACCAUCUAACAAAACCAAACAAAAACAGCACAGAUAAUGUUGCGAGUUUUCUCAACAUAUUUUGAAGGAGUUAUUUUUGAAAGACAGUGGAUUUCUGAAGUAGAUUAGAAGGGGUCCUCUGCUGCAAAGGGCUGUGGUUGGGAACUUUGGGUGUUAAUCUACUUAAUUACAAAAAUUCAGCACAAGUGGUAAUUUCUAAAGCAAUUCUUCAAGAUUUCCAUUAACAUAUUAUGAUUUCUUAAAGAAAAGUGUAGUUUUAGGAGGAAGUGUAGAAAGAAAUCUGUACUCGUUCAUCACCAACAGCCAGGGGGAUGGGAUUGGAAACAGUGCUCCAUCUGGAUGAGUCCUAAAGAUGUUUUUAAGGCAUUCUUUUUUCUAAAUGUUCUUGCUUUAGGGGUUGAAGGUUGUAUGUAUGUGAAGGAGAAGAACGGAUUGAGGAGUAAUUUAAAGGAGGGGGAGAAAUAACUGUAAUCACUCAUUUACAAAGGCCUGACUGUCACUGAGAGGUGGAACCUUUGUCUGAUUUCUACACUUCAGAAUGCAGAUCAAGGUUGACUUCAACACAGAAUGGUGGGAGGUGGGAGUAGGAAGAUGCCUGCAUUUAGAAACUGAGUAUGUUAAGAAAAGACUUUAAACUGUGUUGUUUUUUUAUGUGUAGGGGUUUGGUUUCAGGUACAUUUCUCUAAAGGAGGUCAAUCAUUCAGGUUCCUACUCUGUCUGAAAUGGUACAGUACUAAUACCUUUGUCAUCUGAAGGAGGACUAGGCCAAGGAUUCUGGAAUUUGGUGAAACUUAACAGAAUUCUGAAAUUAGGGAAAUUGCCUAAUUAGGUCUAUUCUAUUUUAGUUGCUUAUGAUCCCGAUACUAUUGAAGUCAGCUAUACACAUCCAGUAGGCAUGGACCUCACACAAUUUGUUAGUUUCAGGAGUAUUUUUUAAAAAUAUAUGUAAAAUAUAUAGUUGUGUGAUGGUGAAACAGGCUAAUAUUUGGCCCCUGGUUUUUGUUUUGGCUUAGGCUAGUGGUUCUUGACCUUGAGUAACUCACAUGUUCUUGGACUGCAAUUCCCAGAAACCCUGCUGAGCACAGCUAGUGGUGAAAGCUUCUGGGAGUGGCAGUCAAAGAACACUUAGAUUAGCCAAGCAAGGUUGGGAAUUACUGGUUUAGGCAUUUGGGAAUCCAGAAUUUUCUUGCAGGUGAGAACAAGCCAUUGUAAUGGUCUUGAAAAGAAAAUUCUGUUUCUUUCAAGUAUUAGUAUGUUAAAAUUGCAUUUUUCCUCUUCUGCAUAGGCCUUUUUAUCUAAGGGUUGGUUACGUUUGGGGACAACUUAACCAGGCCAUUUUAUUGUUGACCGUGGAGUCAGAGCUGCCCCCACAUUUCUUCCACUGUUGAUGUGGUUCAGGCAGUACAGUUGUUUCCGUCUGUGCUUUUUGAAAAAUUGUAAUACAUUUAAAGAAGAAGAGAGUGUAGAAGCAUACAUAAAAGAAAUUUGCCAUGGAAUGGAUUAGGACUACAAGUAAAUAAAGUGAAGGGAUGGAAGAAGAACGGUUGGACUUCCAAACUUCCAUUUGCUAAGGGCUCAAGUGCCCAUUAUACCGUACUAGGAAGAUGAGUCUUAACAGGAACCUCCAUUAAGCUUCCUUCUUCUCCAUCAAACAGGCUUCCUUUAGCUCUCCGUUUAUUGAUUCUUCCAGCUGAUUGGAAAGGCUCAUAACCACCAUCUCUUUAGGAAGGUGUCACAGAAAGACUGCAAUUUGGAGUGGCAUCCUUUCUCCCUCAUCCAUUUAUGUAGGCCACUAUAGCAUUUUGCUGUACAAUCUGCUUCAGGUGUGUUUUCUGAUCCCUUAAACCGAUAUUUCCUCAAGCCAUUUUAAUUGGCAGGAACUUCUUAGAAUUACAUAAAAGGGAGAGGGAUUCCCAAACUUUUUAGCAUGGUGCCCCCUUUUCAUUUCUUGAUAAACCUUCAUGACUCUCUGCAUGUUU